ACAAUCAUACAAUUCAGAGACAUAAAAUAAAUAAAGAAGAAGAGAACAACAAACACUGAAGCAUUUCUCUAAAAUGAAAACGCCAAUUUAGCGAAAUGGCAGUGAAUUCGCUCUUAAACAUCUGUGCAGAUUGCGUGGCAAACUCAGCUGUCUUCUACCUGAGGGAGAUCCACUCCUUGCCCUCGGGCAUCAAGGACAAGCUGGUACAGAUAAUGUCUUCAAGAGGGACCAUCAGCGAUGGUAACAUCAGUGAGUUAUUGCAUCCAGGCUUACAGACACUGGAUCUUCAAUGCUGUCAAGUGUCAGACCUAGCUCUGGGCCGGAUCUGUUGCCCUCGUCUGAAAACCAUAUUCCUAAACAACAGUCCGGGGAUCACCUCAGAAGGCGUUCUUUCUCUGGCCUCCUCCUGCCCCAACCUCCAGAACGUGGAUCUCGGUGACUGUGUGGGCGUGGCAGACGAGGCAGUGCAGGCCCUGGCCCGGCGCUGUAAACACCUGGAGGUCCUUUCUUUGAGUGGAUGUCCUGCUGUGGGCGACGUUGGUCUGCAGGCACUGGCGGAGAACUGCAGCCUGCUGCACACGCUCCUCCUCUCAGGAACACGGAUUACAGAUGCAGGGAUCAUUGGACUUCUGAAAGGACUGUGCCGCAAUAACUUGUGUGAACUACAGGUGGCGCGAUGUCCAGUGCUGACAGAUGAGACGGUGAGGGCUGUCUUCAAAAACUGUCCCAAACUCAAAUGUUUUGUCUUCAAUGAUUGUCCCCACAUCACAGAUCAGAUUUGGCUACCAUUGGACGACAUUGGUCAACGCAACCUUCAAAAUCUGACCUGGACUGUGUAUUAGAAACAUUAGUAUUGAAGCUUCCAUGUUUUUGAUUGGAGAUGUUACACUUUAUAUUAUCACAUUGUUCCUAUAUUGACUUUUUUUCUCUUUUAUUUAUAUGCAUUCUUUGCUACUGAUCAAAACUUGUUCAUAGUAAUAAGUAAAAUAUUCUAAGUGAUGAAAGGGGCUGUGGUUACAGUUCAGGGCGUGGCCUCCUGCUGCUGUUUCAAAACUGCACUGGGAUUUUGUUUAAUUUAAAUAUAUUUAUCUAAAAUAAUUGUAUAAUGUUAUAAUUCCUAUUAUGGGAAUUUGAGAAGAAAAACAGAUUUCACAUUAAAAACUUGCAUUCG